AUGGAAGACCCUAUUACACAAAACAUGGACCUGAUAUUUCUACAAAGGGAUGAUGAAUUUUACAGAAACAUUUUCAAUUAUAAAUUAAAACAGGAACUCCCAGACGAACCUAAGAAAGCAAAACAGGUAGUAGCUGAGGCAGAACAGUAUGAACUUUCUGAACAUGGUGUUUUACUACAUUUAUAUACACCUAGGACCAAAGGCAUCCCAAAGGACCAGAAACUUAUUACACAGGUGUGUGUCCCAUUUAUUCUGCGUGAUGAUGUUUUGAAAUCAUAUCACGACAGUCUAGCUGGUGGCAUGCACCAGGGAUUUGAGCGCACAUAUGCUGCACUCAGACAAAAAUAUUAUUGGCCCACCAUGUUCAGAGGCCUUCCAACAACAAAGGACAAAUACAAAUAUGUACUUCUUGUAGUGGAUAGCUACUCUAAAUGGUGCGAAGCUUUUCCACUUCGCACACAAGAGGCUACUGAAGUGGCAGCCAUUCUCUUCAAAGAGGUCAUAUGCCGCUAUGGAGCCCCUAAUGUCCUUGUGUCUGACAGAGGUCAGCAGUUCCUUUCGCAGCUUGUCAAGGCACUCUGUGAACUUUUCCAAAUUACACGGUUCUACACAAGUUCUUACAGACCAUUACUUAAUGGAUCUGUGGAGCGAAUGAACAGUGUAAUCCUUCAGUCUCUUCGCCUUUACUGUAAGGGACAGCAGGAUGAUUGGCCAGAACUUCUUCCUUCAAUUAUGAUGGCAUAUCGCAUGACUCCUGCUACCCAAUCAACUCAACACUCUCCUUUCUUCUUACUUUUCGGCCGUGAGAUGCGUCUGCCUAUAGACACAGCCCUCACUCCAAAACACUCUUUCUGCUUCUUUCAAGACUCAUCUUUCCCAGAUUCUGCAUAA